ACCCAUCAAUGUGCAUCAUUAUUAACCAUCACUUUCUCACUAUCUCUUGUAAUUAAGUUAAGUGCUUAUUACAAAAAUGGCUUCAAGAAAUGGUGAAGAGAAAGUUGAACAUGGCUUCAAUGAUUUUCAUGAAACAAAGAAAAAGAAUGAUUGGAUCCUUUUGUCUCUUAGGGUGGUUGCAUUUUUUGCAACUGCAGCUGCAACACUUGUGAUGGCACUCAAUAAACAGACCAAAAGUUUUGUUAUUGGCACCGUUGGUAACACCCCAUUAACUGCUACUCUUUCUGCCAAAUUUAAUCAAACUCCAGCUUUUGUGUUCUUUGUGAUAGCCAAUGGAAAUGCUAGUCUCCAUAACUUGGUGAUGAUUGCAUUAGAUAUAUUAGGACCCCAAUAUGAUUACAAAGGACUUCGCCUUGCAUUGAUUGCAAUAUUAGACAUGUUAACUAUGGCUCUGGCAUCAGCUGGAGAUGGUGCAGCAACAUUCAUGUCAGCAUUGGGAAGAAAUGGUAAUUCACAUGCAAGAUGGGAUAAGAUUUGUGACAAAUUUGAAAGCUAUUGCAACAGAGGUGGUGGUGCCCUUAUUGCUUCUUUCAUUGGCUUCAUUCUUCUCUUGAUUAUCACUGUCAUGUCCAUUUCCAAGCUUCUCAAGCCUAAUCGCAUUAACCAUGCUCCCAGUCCUUGAUAUGAUUAACAUAUAUACACCGUACUCUCUCCGUCCUAAAAUGUAAACAAAAACGAGUCAAUAUAAAUUGAUGUAUUUGGUAUAAAUUUUAAACCAAAUACAUUAACUUUUGUUGACUAAUUUUUUAUCUAUAUUUUAGGACAGAGGGAGUACACUAUUAGACAUAUAUACGAAUAUGUUGUUUUUUCUAUGUUGACUUUCUUCUGUUUGAGUGUUAGUGUUUGAUAUAUGUAAUUAGUUGUACUUGAGAGACCAAUAAAGUAUUGGAUUGCAUACAACUUUUUUACUUUUGAAAGUCUUAGAAUAUACUAUGUAGUUGGGGAAAUGAAUAAUCAUAUAUGAAUCUCUUCUUUUUUGCUA